AAUACUUCUUCUAAUUGUUAAAAAACAUAAUAAUUUUGAAUAAUUUGGAUCGUCAAUUAUCCCAUAACGAAUGCCGGUUAUUGAAUAUCUAAACGGGCGCUCAGUUUUGAGAAAUUGAAAGUGCAGCGAAUCAUCAGAGAAAUGGAAGUAACGGAAAAACAUAGCGGUUUCCAUACAACGACAAAUGGUGGAACGGGAGCAGUGAGGAAACCGGCAGGAAAGAAAGAAGUGUGCACCGGUUGUCAACAACCAAUUAUUGACCGUUACAUUAUGCGUGUCAUGGACAAUUCUUGGCAUGAAGGAUGCCUACAGUGUAGUGUCUGCCAUGUUCAUCUAUCACAAACCUGCUACUCGAGGGAUCGGAAGUUGUAUUGUAAAGCUGAUUAUGACAAGUUAUACGCUGUGAAAUGUACUGGAUGUAUUCAACCGAUAGCGGCCAGUGAAUUAGUAAUGAGGGCUCUAGACCACGUUUAUCAUUUAGCGUGUUUUGUGUGCGUCGGAUGUAGUAGGCAAUUACAAAAAGGAGAUCAAUUUGUUAUAAGGAACGGAAGACUUUACUGUAGACCAGAUUUCGAGAAAGAAAUGGCCGUUAUGCAAAUUGUCACAAGAGGUGAUAAUGGACAAUUGACUGGACCACAACAACAGCACAACGGACAGCAAAGACAAGAUGGCCGACGAGGUCCAAAAAGGCCACGCACCAUACUAACCACGGCUCAGAGGAGGGCAUUUAAAGCAUCCUUUGAAAUUAGUCAAAAACCUUGUCGGAAGGUAAGAGAAUCUCUGGCGAAAGAGACAGGCCUUAGUGUUCGAAUCGUUCAAGUUUGGUUCCAAAAUCAACGAGCAAAGCUAAAAAAGCUUCAGAGGAAACAGCAGCAGUUACAACAACAAAAUCAAAAACAAGCAGACAGCAAUCAGACUAACGGAGGAGGAAACGAGAUAACAAAUAACGGUAAAGAUUCAAAAAAGAGUGAAGAUCUAAAUCACAGCGAUGCUGCCGACUACACUCCUCCUUAUUCGAGGUUGGCUGCAGGAACAGAUCCUUCUCCCGAUUCUUCACAGUUUCCUUUAGCACCAGUGCCCUAUCCUGGACAUGGACCAGAUAGUCAGUUCUAUUCGGCGAGUCAUACGGAAACAGCAGCAUACAUGAAAACAGAACUAAGUAUGGACAGCGAGAGCAGUCUGGGUGGUUUAGAAGAUGUAUUGAUAGACCAAGGACAAACACCUCAACUGAACGACUCCGGACACAUAUUUAACGCAUCUAUGAAUCCAAUAGACAAACUUUACUCCAUGCAAACGUCCUAUUUUAGCUCUAAUGAGUGUGAGUGCCUUGGUGCUACUAAUUAAAUCGAAGGAAGAUUUAAACCCGAUCGACGUUUAAACCGAUAUGGAGAAAGUGUGAGACAACAGGAAGACACACCUGUUUAAAAAGUCCACCGAUACUCCACGAAAGAAAGACAAUACCCCGUGUAGGAGCCUAAUAGAGUUCUAUGGAACCGUCUGCUAGCGGUGUUACAUAGAUUGAUACAGGACCGAUGACGCACAUUCGUUUGGUUUGA